AUGAGUCAAGAUACCAAAGUAAGUAGAAAGUACCAGUUGAGUGGUAAGGGUAAAGGGGAUGUGAGUCAUGUAAGUAAGAAGUACCAGUUAAGCAGUAAGGGCAUAGGAUCGAAUGAUCAAGAGAAAGAGAAAAGGGGUGAUCACCAGAAGAGGAAAGAGUCCAGUGAGGGUCCCAUGGUCUCCACAUUCAUCUAUGAGUCAAAUCACUUCAUUAACAUGGAGAGCCCCCAGUAUUCGUUGUUGCCAGGCCCUAAGCCAUAUAUUUUUGCUAUCAUGAGGGUGGUUGGCAUAAGAUAUCCAGGCUAUGAAUACUGCACAAGCAGGAACAUAAGAUGUCAAUCCAUGAUGGGUGAAGCAUGUAUAGCCUGCCAGAACAGGUAUAGCAAUGUUGUUAAGAAAGAGGUGCAAGAUCUGUACUCUGAUGAUGAAUCUGACUCAGAGUCUCAAUAUUCUGACUUCUCUAAUGAAGUUAUCACUUUGGAUAAGCAGUCAUCUUGCUGGGUCAACAAGCUGCUAGACAAGAGGACCUUCUUACAUGUAAAUAUCUUACAAUGCUGGAAUAACCAGGGGGGAUAA